CUCGCUCCACGCCCGCUGGCGGCUGGAGUUUGCGCUCCGGGGCUGGGGGCUCGGCGUGGCGGCGCGACACCCCGGGAUGGGGGCUCCGCGCUGGGCGCGGCUCUGCCUCCUGCUCGUGGCGGCGGUAACGCUCUGGGUGCUCCUGUGUGGGCACGACCGAGACACGCAGGCUUCCCCGAAGCCCAGCCUGCUGCAGUACGAGUUGCUACCGUUGGUGCCUGGAGGGAUGUCCAGAAAUGCCGGGAGCCAUGGCCUGAGUAGAGAAAGCAGCAUGGACAGAGGGAAGCCAUCUAAAUAUUCUUCUGAGCCUGGCAAGGCUAAACCCACCAAGGAACAGGCCAGCUCGUGCCCCCAGUCAUUGAUGUCAAUAGUGAAGGCGGACGCCAGGUUCGGGAAGCUCUUUAGAUUCCAUGUCCCAGUGCUGAUGUGGGCACAGCACUUCACCGAGGAGACGUGGGACAGGCUGAAGGAACGCAGCGUCCCGUAUGGCUGGCAGGGCUUGUCCGACACAGCCAUUGCCUCCGCCUUGCAUCUGCUCAAUGACUCUGCCAACAGCUGGCUGUUUGACAAAACCAGGUUCCCUGAAGGCUGCGUCCGCUGCGCCGUGGUUGGGAACGGAGGGAUUCUCAAUGGAUCCCGGCAAGGCAAGGAGAUAGAUGCCCAUGACUUUGUUUUCAGGCUAAAUGGGGCAGUGAUCAAAGGCUUUGAAGACGACGUCGGGACCAAGACGUCGUUCUAUGGUUUCACGGUGAACACAAUGAAGAAUUCCCUGAUCGCCUACAGAGAGUACGGCUUCACCCAGAUACCCCAGUCCAAGGACCUGCGGUAUAUUUUCAUCCCCUCGGACAUACGCGAUUACAUCAUGCUGAAGUCAGCCAUACUGGGCAGCCGUGUCCAAGAGGGUUAUGACAAAGGUGAUGACCCACGGACGUAUUUUGGACCAGAGGCAUCUGCAAAAAAGUUCAAGCUGCUGCACUCAGAUUUCAUACAUUAUCUAACAGUGAGAUUUCUGAGAUCUGAAAUAAUAAAUACGCAAUAUGGGUAUCUCUACAUGCCCAGUACCGGUGCCCUCAUGCUACUGACAGCCCUACAUACCUGUGACCAGGUCAGUGCCUAUGGAUUUAUCACGGACAAUUACCGAAAGUUUUCAGACCACUACUACGAGCGGAAGAAGCAGCCUCUUGUGUUCUAUGCCAACCAUGACAUGCUGCUGGAGGCGGAGCUGUGGAAGAGCCUGCACAGGGCAGGCAUCAUGAAGCUGUAUCAGCGGUGAGGCUGGGUGGCAUGUCCCUUGGACUCCUGCUGUAACAAGUCAUCCUUCUCUUCCCCAAGGGCUCCCUUCUCCCUGACAGGGCCCAUCUAGAAUUCAUGGGCAACCGUGGCAAACUGAGAGCUCACCCAAAGCCAGCCUUACAAGCUGGAGCAGAUGGAGAUUGAAUGAAUUGCAAGGCUGCCUUCUGUGAGCCAGGGGUGCUACCUGGAGGAUUCUGCUCAGAUGUUGCUGAGAUGGCAAAGCGAGUGUGGAGAGGUCUCUUUCCAGGGAACCUUCUGAUUGGCUCAAGACAACAGACCCUGCCUUUGUCCCAGAAAUGCCCGGGUUCCUCCCAUCAAAUACU